UGUAGCUCACCUGCGUGAUGGUUGAAACAAAGCCCAAUUUCCAAGAAAAGCCCCAAAAUUUCUCGCGUACAAUGACGCUGCAUUUUCCUCCACUCAAUUACAACAUCAUCAUUUCUUCUUCUUUCUUUUCCUUUCCUUUCUCUUCUUUUAAAUUUCUUUGAUUCAUUGGCAUGAAUCUGGCAAAGAGUUCUUCUUUCGUUCAAAUAAAUGAUGAAUCCUCAGAUUCCCGCACGCUGAAGAAGAGGAAGAAUACCAAGAAACCUAGAUAUUCUAAGUUAACACAACAAGAGCUUCCUGCUUGCAAACCAAUACUAACACCAGCAAUUGUUACAUCUGCAUUGGCUCUAGUUGGCAUUAUCUUCAUUCCAAUCGGGCUGGCUUCCUUCUAUGCAUCUGAACAAGUGGUUGAAAUUGUAGAUCGGUAUGAUGCUGAUUGCAUUCAUAGCGAGGAUAAAGUUCAAUACAUUCAAAGUGAUGGGACUAACAAAACAUGUAUCAGAAAUUUAACUGUGCCAAAGCUCAUGAAAAGCCCUAUCUACGUUUAUUAUCAGCUCGAUAACUUCUAUCAAAGUCAUAGGCGGUAUGUGAAGAGCCAAAAUGAUAGACAAUUGGUGGGUAAGGAGAUUGAACCUGAAAAUGUGAUUAAAAGUUGUGAUCCUGAAGCUACCACUGCAUCUGGAGAUCCUAUAGUUCCUUGUGGUCUCAUUGCUUGGAGCUUGUUCAAUGAUACAUACAAAUUUUCUGUUAAUAACAAGAGUUUGGAGGUAAAUAAGAAGGAUAUAGCUUGGAAAAGCGACAAGGAGCACAAGUUCGGAAGUAGCAUUUAUCCCAAGAACUUCCAGAGAGGAGACUUGAUUGGAGGCGCCACACUCAAUGCCUCUGUUCCUUUAAAUGAACAAGAGGAUCUCAUUGUUUGGAUGCGAACUGCAGCGCUACCUACAUUCAGAAAACUGUAUGGGAGGAUUGAGGUGGACCUUGCAGCAAACGAGAUGAUAACAGUUGUAAUACAGAAUCAUUAUAAUGUAUAUAACUUUGAUGGGAAGAAAAGACUGGUCCUUUCAACUACAUCUUGGAUAGGUGGAAAAAAUGAAUUUCUUGGAGUAGCCUAUCUUUGUGUUGGUGUCAAUUUCUCACCUAUAGUCUUUAUUCUACAAAAUUUUGGUUCAUGA